GGUAAUUACAUGCUUUAGAGGAUGAAAGCGUUGGAUUUUAGCCAAGAAUUGCCAAGACUUCCAUUUUAUAUAGCACCCAGCGCAGUGCUGUUCAGAUGUUGCAAAUUUCACGCGAUUGAAACAGUGAAGCGACAUGACUCAUAUAACGAUUAGGUUGGGAUCUCCGCCGGUUGGGAGCAAGAAUAUUCGAGAGAUUAUUAGAAUCAAGACUCCGGAAAGUUUUGCUGUCGAUACAAGAGAACAGGAUAUUUAUAUGGCUGAUUCAAAUUACAAAGACAACUCUAAGCAGGUGGUGCACGGUAUCUGUGAAAAUUUGAAACCUUUUGAGGGGUCUCCUUCAAAUGUAGAUGGAGACGAAAAUGUUUACGAUCACGUUCAUAAUGGUGCAAGAUCAGGUGAUUCAAAACAAUUUAAUGCUCUUCGUGUAAACACAGAAAAUUGCACAGAACGGAGUGGAAUGGUUUUAGAGAAUGGAGAGAAGAGAAUGAAAUGUGCGGAAAAUUUAGAGACGCAUUGCAAUAGUUGCGGAUUGAGAUUUACACGUGAAGAGGUUGAAUCGGAACUUUACAUAACACGCAAAGAUUUAGCGACUGUGCAAAGCCAGUUGGAAACGUUUAAAAUCAGGCUUGAAGAGGAACUAGUUGAACGAUUUAAACUCGAAGAAGAGCUGAAAUCUGAAGCGGAGUCUCACGAGAACGAAUUGAAAAUUUUAAAGGAGAAAAUUGAUUUUCUGGAAGAAAAUGAAAGCGAGAAAGCUCGGCGGAUUGAAGAGUUAGAAAGCCAGAUUGUGGUUUAUAAAGAAGAGCAUGAAAAAAGCUGGGAAGAGGUGGAAAGUUUGCGGAGUUUUGUCGGUAAAUAUCAGAGUGAUUUGAGUAAGUUGAGAGUUGAAGCCAAUAAUGCGAGUGAUCAAGCAGUCGAAGCGAUCAACGAGAUGGAACUGUUGACAAAGAAAUCGGAGAAAAACGAACAGGAGAAAGUUAAGAUUAAGAAACAAAUGAAAUCGGAGAUGGAAGAAUACUGGGAGGAGGUGCGAGAAUUGAGAAAUGUUUUAGAAAACUGGGAAAAGUUAGAUGGCGAAAGGAAAACGCGCAUUCAGUCAUUAGAAAGCGAAGUUGCGUCCUAUAAAAGUCUCGUGAAUGAACUAAAAGAAAAUCUUGCUGAUCAAAGCAACAGAGCCAGCGAGGAAAGGAGUAAGGCUAAAACAGACUCUACCACAAAUGAGCAUUUGUUAUUGCUCUGUGUAGAAUUGAACGAGAUCUUUCGGGAACAUCUCAACAGCCAUGGAAAGUUUUCUGAGCUGUCGCUCGUUCUGGCAGCAACUCAGAAAGAUCUGGAAGAGGCGAGGAAUCGAAGCCAGAGUCAAAACCAGAUUCUACAGCAGUUUAAAAGAGAUUACAACGAUUUACACGACACUAUGACAGCAUUAAACGAAGAAAAUCGUCACUUGAGGAACAGCUUGGAGAAGAAGUGCGUGGAGGGAGCGGAUAUCAGACGAAAGUUUCUCGCUUCAGAGACGCAGGUAUCGUGGCUCAAAGAGGCAUUAGAUAUUGUUGACAAAGCCACGAAAAAGUCAAGCUGAAAGCCAGUAUAUUUAUGUAGUUAACUCGGCUACUGGAAUGUAAAGUAGCGUUUGUUUCACACGGAUAUCAAACCUCUUUUGUAAACUUUCUUGAAAAAGGAAAAUUCGUUAUCUAUUUUUCUAAGAUAUUUUAUGUUUGUGGAAUUUCAGAUACUCGUAAUAUUUAUGUUUUCAUCUGCUUACAUAUAAGCCUUUUUCAUAAUUAAUGUGAAAGCAUAUUAAACAGAAUUCGUAUUAUAUAUUCAAACAUUCUUUGCUAAUCCUUCGCAAAUUAUUGUCAGCAUCUUUGCAAACUCUCAAACUCUUGU